UAGAUAUUGUACCGUCGAAACGGAUUGAAUAUGUUCCAGCAGAUGGAUCAACAACGGUAAAAUUUCCUCAUGGCCCAUACACGAAAAAAAGCCAAAGUUAUCCAUUCACUGGUAAAAAAUAAACAUGAUCCACUUGCGGAUUGGCCAACUUUUAUUAUAGACAUAAGAGGAGAAACAGAAACUUAUGAGAAGGCUGAAUUAGUUUUGGCAGACAUGAAACGCAAAAAAUAUGGCUUUACUACUGAUGCAACUGAAGAACCAGAAGAAAGGUUAAAAAGGAUCAAAAAUAUGUAUUGUUUAGAAUACGAGGAAAAAUUAAAAAAAGCAGAUUUAAAAGCCAUUUUUGAAGUGCCCAAUUUAAAUAAGGAAUUUGAAAUGGAAGACUCGAAAUCUUCAGAAGGAUCUGAAAACAAUGUCUCAUCGUCUUCGUCAGAUAGCUCGUCUACAAACCAAAAAAAAGUUACAAAAAAGUUUAAAGUUAAAAACAAAAAGAAAAAGUCAAAAAAAAUUCAAAAAGUGGUUUGACAGGCACUUCAGAAGAAUUCUCAGCAAACGCAAAAGUAUCGUCGAAAAAGUCAAAAAUAUUAUCAGUAAAUUCAAAAAUAUCCUUGCCGAAUUUAGGAACAUCUCUGGAAAAUUUAAAACCAUUUGAUCCUCUGUCGGCAGCC